GAAAGAAGCUUCGAGGCGCGCAGCGAGGAAACCCGACGCAGCCGAGGCGGGAGAACGGCCGGGCCAGGGCGUAGCCAAGGGAACGCGCGCUGGCCCAUCUAGUUAGUCUGGGCGCGCUUCCCCGAGGAGGAUGAGGAGCAGGAGGAAGAGGGUUUACCGGCGAGCCUAGGGGAUAAAAGAGGAGGCGGGGCAACCCGCGGGCGUGGCCCUGCCUAGGCCCCCGGCAGAAGGGAGGAGGCGGGGGCCCCAUCGCGCGCUCAAAGCAGACGCUGGGGAAGACCUCCUGGGACCUGCCGCAGUCACACAGCUCCGUGGGCCUAUCGAGUCUCUUCCCAGAAACUUUCCAGUCCCGCCCAGCCCUUAGUCCCCAGACGCCGGCUCCGGCGUGCACCGGCCGGAAGGAGCCGGGUGUACGGGGUCUGACCAAAUAGUCGCGGGCGCCGGGGAGCAGCGCGACCCGGGUUGAGCAGUCCUCUCGUGGGUGAGGACGCCGGUCGGGCGGACGCGAGCCCCCCUCGGCGGCACUGUCUCCCGAGCCGGGGCGGGGCGUCUGAGCGGCAUUAGGACCCAGUCGUGGCGCGGAGGUGUGUCGCCGGCUCCCGCCGCUGGCCCGCCCGAGACGCCAAGUUUGGGGUCCGGGACGCGGGAAAACACUUCCACCAUGUCACAGAAUGGAUACUUUGAGGAUUCAAGCUACUGCAAGAGUGAUACAGAUGACACCUUUGAAGCCCGUGAGGAGAGCAUGGGGGAUGAUGCCUUCGACACAGUCAACUCCUCCAUUGUGUCUGGCGAGAGCAUCCGCUUUUUUGUCAAUGUCAACCUGGAGAUGCAGCCCUCCAAGGCUGAGAGUGAGGCUACACCUGGUGGCUGCGUGCUGCUGCACACUUCCCGCAAGUACUUGAAGCUAAAGAACUUCAAGGAAGAGAUCCGUGCACACCGGGACCUUGAUGGCUUCCUGGCACAAGCCAGCAUCGUCCUGAAUGAGACAGCCACUUCGCUGGACAGCGUGCUGCGGACCAUGCUGCGCCGCUUUGCUCAGGACCCCAACAACACGGAACCUGACUACAACCUGGACCUGCUCAUGGCCAUGCUGUUUACCGACGCUCCAAUGCAAGGAAAAGUCCACCUGCUGUCGGAUACCAUCCAGGGUGUCACUGCCACAGUCACAGGGGUGCGAUAUCAGCAGUCGUGGCUCUGCAUCAUCUGUACCAUGAAGGCCCUACAGAAGCGUCAUGUGUGCAUCAGCCGCCUGGUUCGCCCGCAGAACUGGGGGGAAAAUUCCUGUGAGGUUCGGUUUGUCAUCCUGGUAUUGGCCCCACCCAAGAUGAAAAGCACCAAGACUGCAAUGGAGGUGGCCCGCACAUUCGCCACCAUGUUCUCGGACAUUGCUUUCCGCCAGAAGCUUCUGGAGACCCGUACAGAGGAAGAAUUCAAGGAGGCCUUGGUGCAUCAGAGGCAGCUGCUUACCAUGGCGAGCCAGUGUCUGGUGACACCAAGAAUGAAAGAUCACAGCGUGGUUUUCCAUGGCCACAGACACCUGCAGGCCCCAAAAUGCAAGGACUUUGUCCCUUUUGGGAAGGGCAUCUGGGAGGACAUUGCACGCAGGUUUCCCCUGUAUCCACUGGACUUCACUGACGGCAUCAUCGGGAAAAACAAGGCUGUGGGCAAGCACAUCACCACCACCCUGUUCCUCUACUUUGCCUGUCUCCUGCCCACGAUUGCUUUUGGGUCCCUCAACGAUGAGAACACAGACGGGGCCAUUGAUGUGCAAAAGACCAUAGCCGGGCAGAGCAUUGGAGGCCUCCUGUACGCGCUUUUCUCUGGGCAGCCACUGGUGAUCCUGCUGACAACCGCGCCCCUGGCCCUCUACAUCCAGGUGAUCCGAGUCAUCUGUGAUGACUACAACCUGGACUUCAACUCCUUCUAUGCAUGGACGGGUCUGUGGAACAGUUUCUUCCUUGCACUUUAUGCCUUUUUCAACCUCAGCCUGGUCAUGAGUCUCUUCAGGAGGUCGACGGAGGAGAUCAUUGCCCUCUUCAUUUCCAUCACAUUCGUGCUAGAUGCUGUCAAGGGCAUGGCUAAAAUAUUCUUGAAGUACUACUAUGGGCAUCACGUGGAUAACUACCACACAGAAAGGGCUUUAUCCCCAGCAAGACUGGAGGGUCUCGGAACCAGCCUCAACACCAGCCUCCACACUGCCCUCAAUGCCAGCCUUCUGGCCGGUCCAACAGAGCUGGGCAUGGAGGGCAGCCCGGGCGCUGUGCACUCAGGCCGGGCAACUGCCGUGCUCAGCCUCCUUAUCAUGCUGGGCACGCUCUGGCUGGGUUAUACACUCUACCAGUUCAAAAAGAGCCCCUACCUGCACCCCCAUGUCCGUGAGGUCCUGUCUGACUGUGCCCUGCCCAUCUCGGUGCUUGCCUUCUCCCUCAUCAGCUCCUACGGCUUCAGGGAAAUUGAGAUGAGCAAGUUCCGCUACAACCCUAGUGAGAACCUGUUUGAGAUGGCACAGAUCCACUCGCUGUCCCUGAGGGCCAUCAGCAGCGCCAUGGGCCUUGGCUUCCUGCUUUCCAUGCUCUUCUUCAUCGAGCAGAACCUGGUGGCUGCCUUGGUUAAUGCCCCAGAGAACAGGCUGGUGAAGGGCACUGCCUACCACUGGGACCUCCUACUCCUGGCCAUCAUCAACACGGGGCUGUCCCUGUUUGGGCUGCCCUGGAUCCAUGCGGCCUACCCUCACUCCCCACUGCACGUGCGGGCUCUGGCUUUAGUGGAGGAGCAUGUGGAGAACGGGCACAUUUAUGAGACGAUUGUGAAUGUGAAGGAGACACGGCUGACCUCCCUGGGCGCCAGCAUCCUGGUGGGCCUUUCCCUGCUGCUUCUGCCCACUCCGCUGCAGUGGAUCCCCAAGCCUGUGCUCUAUGGCCUCUUCCUCUACAUUGCGCUCACUUCCCUCGAUGAUAACCAGCUGUUCCAGCGCGUGGCCCUGCUGCUCAAGGAGCAGACCGCAUAUCCCCCUACACACUACAUCCGGAGGGUGCCCCAGCGGAAGAUCCACUACUUCACAGGCCUGCAGGUCCUGCAGCUACUACUGCUCUGUGCCUUUGGCAUGAGCUCCUUGCCCUACAUGAAGAUGAUCUUCCCCCUCAUCAUGAUUGCCAUGAUCCCCAUCCGCUACCUCUUGCUGCCCCGAAUCAUUGAAGCCAAAUACUUGGACAUCAUGGAUGCUGAGCACAGGCCGUGAUGGCAGGCCUGGGCACACCCUGCCACCUAUCCCCCAUCCCCCAUGCUCUAGGCUGGCUCUGGGGCUGCAUGGGGACAUGGGGCUCUGGGAGGUGGCUGUGCUAUACUCUCUCACAGCUGACUAUUGCUCUCAAGGUAGCUUCUGCCCAGGGUGGAACUAAGCAAGAUUGAUUUUCUUUUGAUAAAAGAGUCAAUGCCUGAAAGAGAAACCAUUUCCUUGAUUGUGUAAGGAACUCACUGUGUGCACAUUAGAGAAUAAAGCUCCUGUUUCU